UAUGCUGAAAAAGCACACGCGCCUCACGCACUUCCCCUUGCCCCCCAGUUCACCGUAUUCCUAACCCAAACACGUUUUUCUUGGUUCCCUCUUCGCAUGACCACCAACAGACUCCUCACUAGGCGACCUCCUCCGUAUAACCCGUUCAACGUCGCCGCUUUACUAACUGAAGAGUUUCUUCAUUUCUACCAUCGUAUAGGAUUUUCCGCUCGGCUUGUCAAUAAUCGAGACAUGUCAACUGGUGAUAAUCAUCUUGACCAAGGAAAUGAAAAAAAUUCAAGUAGUAAGGUACGCUCAAAAGCUAUUGUGUGGGAUUUCUUUGAGAAGAUUAAAGGGGACGAUGGGUUACAAAAAACAAGGUGCACAAACUGUAACAAAGUCUAA